AUGGCGACGAUGAUCUCCAUCUCCACAUGGAAACUCAGUUCCUUACGGACGCUGCCAUUGCCCUACUCGACGACAAGUCAUUUUCCGACAGCCGUAAAAUGCGCACCUAUCAAGCAAGAACCAGAGGUUGAUUCUUCUGCAGCAAUAUUGUGCGAGCCUUGCAAUGGCAGAGGUUGGUUGCUCUGUGAUUUCUGUAAAGGCCAGAAGACCAAUGUGAAAUCUGAGUCUAAUAGGAUCUACCGGAGAUGCCCAUCUUGCAGAGCAAUUGGGUAUGUGCUAUGUUCAAAGUGUAAGGUGUUUAAAUGUGUCACAUUCCCAAAUUACAGUGAUGGUGAAGAGUUGUCUUUUUGAGCUGAACAGCUUUGUGUUCAUUUUUCAGGUUCUUCUUUUUUACCCUGCAAUGUAAGUUCUUUGAUGAAAUGGGAGAUCCAUUUAUCCAUGUAAUUUUAGUGGCUCCUCUCAU